AUGAAGGAGGCACAGGUUUCAAAGGGCACCGUGGUGCACAUCAAGGAUGUUGAGAUUCCGCAGCCGGGCCCCAAACAGCUUGUUAUCCGCGUGGUGGUGAGUGGGAGUAAUCCUAAGGAUUGGAAACUCAUAGAAUGGAACAUGAAAAACGACUUCAACACCGGCGACGAUAUAGCAGGAUACGUGCACAGCGUCGGGGCUGACGUGUAUGAAUUCAAGCCUGGUGACCGCGUCGCCUCGUUCCACGAGAUGAUGACGCCCGGUGGCAGUUUUGCAGAGUACGCGGUCGGCUGGCAACACAGCACAUUCCAUAUCCCUGCGAAGGUGUCGUUGGAGCAAGCCGCGACCAUCCCGCUGGCCGCCAUGACGGCCGCCAUCGGGCUGAACCGCCGCAUGCGCCUCGCAGAGCCAUGGUCUCCGCUUCCCGACGGCACAAAAACCCCGCUGGUCGUGUACGGCGGCGCCUCCGCCGUCGGCGCCUUUGCCAUCAAGCUCGCGCGGAAAACCAAUAUCCAUCCCAUCAUCGCGGUCGCGGGGCGCGCUACUUCCUACGUCGAAUCGCUGAUUGACCGCGCCAAAGGCGAUACAAUCGUCGAUUACAGACAAGGUGAUGCGGCCGUCGUCCACGGCAUCCGCGAUGCACUCGGCGGUGCGAAAUUACACUACGCGUACGACGCCAUCGCCGAGCACAAUUCCACGGCCAAUAUCGCGCAGGUGCUUGAGCCGGACGGACACAUGACUGUGGUUCUCCCCGUCGACAACGCAGAUGAGCUUGGCGGGAAGUUCCAGCUGAGCCAGACCAUGGUCGGGACUGCGCAUAGCGAGGAUGCCGAUUUUGCGUUUUUGGCGUUUAGAUACAUGGCGAGGGGCUUGGCCGACGCGUGGUUUACACCGCAUCCGCACGAGGUUGUGCCGGGGGGGUUGGAGGGUGUGGAGACGGGGUUGAAGAGGUUGAGGGAGGGCAAGGCGAGUGGAGUCAAGUAUGUGUUUCGGAUUGGGGACGAGGCCAAGUUGUAG